AUGUACAUCACCCUCUACUACAUAGUCACCCGUCUCCCUGACUCCCUUCGCGUAGUCAGGGACCACUUCCUCUCAGUUUGCCCCACCACUCUCACCGUUGACCUCCUCGAGAAGGCCCUCCUAGCAGCAGAAAAGAGCAUAGUCGCUGUAGGAGCCUCUCGGGGUGACCCUCGCACCCCCAUCUUUGAGGGGUGUUCCCCCUCCCCUCUUUUGCCCUCUAUUGCCUCUGCUGCUGCGGCCGACCUCGUUGGUCUGGAGUCGGUCGGUGCGGCGUCUACCCCUAGUGGGAAGCGUCGCUCUGGCAAAGGCAAGGGGGGCAGGGGCGCUGGAGGAGCUAGCGGGGGCGGUGGAGGCGGCGGUGGAGGCAGUGGAGGGGGUGGGGGUGGUGGUGGGAGUGGUGGCGGGGGUGGAGGUGUCGGCGGCGGCAGUGGAGGUGGAGGCGGCGGUGGCGGUGGGAGCGGAGGUGGUGGAGGUGGCGGAGGUGGAGGAGGCGGUGGCGGAGGAGGAGGAGGAGGAGGUCGUGGAUCUUCGCAGAGGAGUGGCUCCAGUGGUGGUCAACGCCAGCAGCAGCAGCGCAGUCGGGAGACCCUGUCCCCUCAGCAGCUCCGUAAGUGGUACGCUGCACGCCAGCGGGGUGGGGGUACUGGUCCGUGCACCUACGUCCUGCGCACCGGCGACCGUGCGGGUGAGCAGUGUGGGGGUGCGCACCCCACCCAGCGCUGCUUUGGCCGCCUGACGGACGCUUGGCGUCACCAGUUCCCUGAGGCCACUGAGAUCCCUCGCUGGGGCGAGCUGUCUAGGGCAGGGGUAGCUAACUUUGACCUUGAAUUUGAUGCUAUUCUUGCUGCUAUGUAUACUGUGUCUAUUAGUGAGGAGGGUGACUGUUACCGGUGUUUCCCGCCCGACCCGGGCAUUGCGACUGCUGCUCUAGGUACUGGUGAGGCUGCUGCUCUUGGUGCUAGCGAGGCUGCUGCUCUAGGUGCUAGUGCGUCUGCUUCCUCCGGUACUGGUGAGUCUGCGCUCUCAGGUACUGCGUCGGCUUCGGCCUCCCACACCUUCACACUUGACUCGGGGGCUUCUCGCUCCUUCUUUCGAGACCGCACCACACUCACGCCGCUUAGUCGGCCAGUUGCAGUCUCCCUGGCAGACCCCUCUGGGAGUCCUGUCCUUGCUCACUUCUCCACUGUCCUCCCGUGUUCGGCGGCCCCCUCUGGCACCCUGUCUGGUCUUUACCUCCCCUCGUUCUCUACGAACUUGGUGAGUGGUGCUGACCUACAGGAUGCGGGGGUUCACCAGUUCACUCCUGCGAGCCAGCGGGUGACCCACUACACGGACGCUCGGACAGGCCGACACCUGGCCACGUUUACACGUCGGCCGGGGUCGAGCCUGUACACACUGACCAGUGCGUCUCCUCCAGUCACUGCGUCUGGUCAGGUAGCUGCGUCGGGUCAGGUGUUAGCUGCAGCGUCCAGGUCUGGUCCUGAGUCUGCCCCCUGUUCGUGUCGCCUCCUGUCUCACGAGACUCUCCUCUGGCACCACCGCCUUGGUCACCCCUCCCUGCUUCGUCUCCGAAGCAUGGCCUCCCGUGUCCUUGUCUCUGGUCUUCCCUGGUCCCUCCCUCCCCUUCCUCCGGGGCCUGGCCCUACCUGCGUCCCCUGUGUCAAGGGGCGGCAGCGGGCUGCCCCUCACUCCUCCCAGUUUCCUCCGAUAGAGGCCCCGCUGCAGACGCUUCACAUGGACGUGUGGGGCCCAGCCCGCGUCCGUGGACAGGGUCACGAGCGCUACUUCCUGCUGGUGGUUGACGACUACUUGCGUUACACCACAGUCUUCCCCUUGCGCAGCAAGGGUGAUGUCACUGAGGUGUUGAUCGACUGGAUCCGCGCAGCUCGUCUCCAGCUCAGGCGGAGCUUCGGCUCGGACUUUCCUGUUCUGCGUCUGCACUCUGACAGAGGCGGAGAGUUCUCCUCUGGCCUUCUGCGAGCCUACUAUCGUGCACGAGGCAUCCGCCAAACCUUCACGCUUCCGGACUCUCCACAGCAAAAUGGGAUUGCUGAGCGCCGCAUUGGCAUGGUCAUGGACGUCGCUCGUACGUCCAUGAUGCAUGCGGCUGCCCCCCAUUUUCUGUGGCUGUUUUCGGUCCGGUACGCGGCGCAUCAGAUCAACCUUCAGCCCAGGGUCUCCAUGCCGGAGACCUCCCCAGCUUUGCUGUGGACGGGGAAGGUUGGCGAUGCGUCUGCGUUCCGUGUCUGGGGAUCUCGGGCGUAG